AAAACAUAUAUCUCUCUCCAGGACUCGCAGCAGCCGUCCCCUUUAGCGCUGCUGGCUGCCACCUGCAGUCGGAUCGAUGAAAACGACGCGGCAGAACAACAGUCGCGCCAGAGCCAGGACUCGCAGAUCGAGCUCCAGCAGCCCCAUCUGUCACACACCGCUAACGGCUGGCACAUGGUCCCUGCGGGCGCUCCGGUGUCCAGCAGCUCUUCCAGCACCGGAGCCCUGCUGCAGCCGCAGUAUGUGAUGGCCUCCUCACAGAGCCUGCAGAGUCAGCCGGUGCUCAGCACCCUCUCGGGGGUCAUGCCGAGCCUCCAGUACCAGGUGAUCCCACAGUUCCAGACUGUAGAUGGACAGCAGCUGCAGUUCACACAGACAGCUUCGGAGGUGUCCACAGCAGCGGGGCAGUUUCAGCUAGUGUCGUCUCCCAGCGGCAAUCAGCAGCUCAUCACCAGCCGAGCUUCUGGAAACAUCCUGACUGUCCCUGGCCUCUUCCAGCAAGCCAUCCCUCUGCAGAACCUCAGCCUGAGCGGAGCAGUGCUGCCCAAUCAGGCGCAGUUCCUCACCAACGUGCCACUCAAUGCCAACAUCACGCUCCUGCCGGUGGGCUCCGUAAGCGACGCAAAUGCUGGAGGAGCUCCUCAGCAGCUGCUCCAGAGCACCACCGCAGCAGAGUACUGCACCACCUCCACCAGCACACAGACCACUGCGCCGGGAGGCAUCCUAACGCUAGCCCAGAGCAACACAUCAGAGCCCGGGAGGCCCUUCCAGAACACGUCCGGAGACGGACAGAAAGCCGGUCAGGCUCAGAUCGUCAUUCAGCCGCAGCAAGUGCUGCAGAGCGUCUCGGCC